AUGGCAGGCUCGUCGCGGUCACUGGCAUUUGUUGGAGGCCUAGCUGUGGGCUUUGCUGCUGGUUACGUGGUUGCAAAAGGGCCCCGAAACGUAUGGAAGAGCUUGUAUCAGAUCAUAGCAGGCCAGGCCCCGGCGGGCGACCAUCUGCGGAACGAGCAGGUCAAGCCGUGCUCGCAGGCGACGUGCGAAGUCAAGGCAGCAGCCCCGUCGAAGUGUGACCGUGAUCCUUACGCAAGUCCUCGUCUGCGCAGCGACAGCGGGAUCGACGCUGGCGGCCACAGCGGCGAUGCGGACCUCAAUGGCGGCGACGCGUCAGUUGCGGGCGACCUGAGCCCGACGGCGUCGGUGGCAGGCUCUGUGAUGACUGCCUUGUCCUUGCCUCCCACGCCUAUGGCCAGCAGCUCGUCCUUGUUCCACCGAAGCAGCAGCGGCAGCACCAGCAGCCACGGCGCCCGGGGCGAGCGGCUCAAGAUGGUGGUGGUAGUUCGUGAUGAUCUGUUGGGGCGGUGGGGCCAGGGCAAGCUGGCGGUGAUGAUUUCUUCCGCCAUUUUGAGUCUCUACAAGCGCAACUACAAGAGCCGCGACCUGCGGGUGCCGCUGCUUAGCUGGGAGGCGCAGAAGGGCGCCAAGUUGGUGCUGCGCUGCCCGGACGAGGCCGCACUGAGCCACGCCAUGGACGCAGCGCGCGCGGCUGGUGUCCCUGCGCACUGCCUACUGGAGCUGGUGUCGGGCGCUGGGCCUGAUGAGGCGCCCAGCCGCACGCGUGCCAUCUUGGCGUUGGGGCCAGCAAGCCACUCGGCGCUUGUGGCUGCCGGCUGCCAGGCGCUGCCGUCGCUUUGA